UCAAUUAAUGUCUAUUUUUGUAGGAAGUAUUUUGCGGGAGGUGUGUGUAAGUCUACAGCACAACUGAAUGGGAAAGUUGUGGUGAUCACAGGAGCCAACACCGGCAUAGGGAAGGAAACGGCGCAAGACCUUGCAAGAAGAGGUGCCAAAGUCAUCCUUGCUUGCAGAGAUAUGGCAAAAGCAGAAAAGGCAGUCCAUGAAAUCCGGACCAAGAUGGGAAACCAAGAUGUUAUGGCCAAACAAUUAGACUUGGCAGACACCAAAUCUAUCAGAGAAUUUGCCAAUAAUUUCUUGAAAGAGGAGAAAGAACUCCACAUACUCAUCAACAAUGCAGGGGUUAUGAUGUGCCCCUAUUCAAAGACAGCUGAUGGCUUUGAGAUGCAGUUUGGAGUCAACCACCUUGGACACUUUCUUUUGACCUUCCUGCUAAUAGAGCGCCUGAAACAGAGUGCACCGGCUCGUAUUAUAAAUGUAUCUUCAGCUCAUCAUAUUUGGAAGAUUCACCUGCAUGAUCUUCAGGGGGAAAGGUUCUACAAUGGGUUCCUGUCAUACUGUCAGAGCAAGCUGGCCAAUGUUCUCUUUACACGGGAGUUAGCUAAACGUUUGCAAGAUACAGGUGUCACUGUAAAUGCUGUGCAUCCAGGUGUAGUUUUCUCUGGAGUGAUCCGUCAUUCCUUUGCACUAAAAGUUCUGUGGAAUACAUUUGCCAUCUUUUUGAAGACACUUUUGCAAGGAUCCCAGACCAGCAUAUACUGUGCGGUGGCAGAGGAGCUGGAGACA